AUGCGUCGACUACCUGGCUUUUGGACAGUACUAUUAUAUGGUUUGGAAUUGGUACUGGGACGAAGAGCAUUCGAAUGUGCUGAUCAUUCAUGUGAAGUACAACCAGCAACACCAGAACGGCCUAAUAUCGUAAUCCUUAUGGUCGAUGAUUUAGGUUAUGGUGAUUUACAAAGUUACGGGCAUCCGAAUCAAGAGGUUGGCGAAAUUGAUGAUAUGAUCCGUGAAGGUGUGCGGUUUACGCAGGCUUAUUCCGCUGAUAGUAUGUGCUCACCAAGUCGAGCCGGUUUCAUGACUGGGCGUCUACCCAUUCGCCUAGGAGUAACAGGUGGGGCGCGAGUAUUUCUACCGCAAGAUAUCGGUGGUUUACCUAAGGAAGAAGAAACGAUGGCGGAAAUGUUGAAACGAUAUGGUUAUGUAACCGGUAUGAUUGGUAAAUGGCAUUUGGGCAUUAAUAAAUAUAACUCUACUGAUGGUACCUUUUUGCCAUCACAACGUGGCUUCGAUUUUGUUGGUUUAAAUUUACCGUGGACUAAUGUAUGGCAGUGCGAUACAUCCAAGGAAUUUGUCAGCAAUCCAAAUGGAACAUUAUGUUUCUUGUAUGAUGGAGAUUCUAUCGUUCAACAACCAAUUCGUUUUGAGCACUUAACCGAAGCUUUAGUUAACGAUUGGAAACGUUUUCUACGGCAAAGAAUGGAAAAUGAUAUUGAUAAAAAGCCAUUUUUCUUCUAUUUCUCAUUUCCUCAUGUGCACAGCACACAGUUUGCUAACAAACGUUUCCGAUACAGUUCCGUACGAGGCCUAUUUGGUGAUAACAUUAAUGAAAUGGCCUGGGCUGUUGGACAAGUUUUGAAUAGUUUACGACGAGAAAAGAUUGAAAAGCAAACAUUGGUGAUAUUGAUGUCAGAUCAUGGACCUCAUCAAGAGCUUUGUCUUAAUGGCGGAAGUACAGCUGGUUUAAAAGGAGGCAAAUCUAAUAGUUUUGAGGGUGGAUUCAGAAUACCAUUUAUUUCUUGGAUGCCAGGAACGAUUCGCCCCGGUAUCACAUCACAUGAAGUUAUUUGGUCGCUUGAUUUAUUUCCAACAUUUGAACAACUUGCAUCAAAAGGGAGAAAACGGAAAAGAAGGAGUGUUUUUUAUGAUGGUAUCGAAAUUUGGCAUCAGCUUAAGGGUUUAUCAUCGGAUCCUAGAGGGAAUCGCGUAUCCGAUGCACCUUUGGCUCUCGAAAGACCCAUUUUCUACUACUGCAAUACUCAUCUAAUGGCAAUCCGUUAUGGGAAUCACAAAGUGCAUUUUAAAACAUCACCAAUUUUCAAAAAUAGCACUGACGAUCCACAAAUGAAUAAGUUAUGUCCUGGUGGAAAGCCUAUCGAUGACUGGUAUGUGUCACAGCGAUGUCCGGAAGAUCAGCUUUAUGUUCAUAAUCCACCACUUGUCUACGACCUGCUUGUUGACCCAUAUGAAAUGUAUCCAAUGCCACAAAAUAAUCGAAAAGCACAGGAAAUUUUAGAUGACGUAAUGCGAAUACGAGACAGACAUUUGGAAACCAUUUUACCAGUACCACAGCAAUUAGGUAAUUUUUCCAUGGCAGUAUUGCCAUGCUGUAAUCCGCCCCACUGUCACUGUGAUUUUUUGCCCGAUGAACGGAUGCGACGGGAUCAUGAACAACAACAGCAACAACAACAACAACAGCAACAACAACGACAACAGCAGCAGCAGCAGCAGCAGCAACAACAACAACAACAACAACAACAACAACAACAACAACAACAACAACAACAACAACAACAACAACAACAACAACGAAUAAUAGCAGCAACAACAACAGCAGGAGGAACAACAACAACAACAACAAUCGUUGGUAAAUAAGCAAGCUUCAACAAGCAAUGACGAUAUUUUUCUCGGGUGAUCAAUCAGUGAUGAUUUGAAUAAGGUGCUAAUCAUACUAAGCUGUGAUAUCAUUCUAAAACGUUAUCU